CACUAUUCUAGCAGUUUGGCAACCCUACGGUCAAAGCUACCAAAGCAUUUUGUGUUAAAAUUCAGCGUUAAAGUUAAACAUAUAACAGAAUGUCAAUAGUUGAUACAUUGGACUAUAUAACCCUGGGUAAUCCAGUGAGUCGCUUGGUCAUAUCUUCAACAUCGGCAUUAAUGCGUACAAUUGGUCUGCGCCCCAAGCAGGUGCCUAUAAAGGAUACAGAAAUAGCUGGAUUGCCACAGCAGGUCCAUCAUUUCGGAAAUCCAAAUGGCCCAUCCUUAUAUACAAUUGCCGGCUCUCAUUAUAACUUUAUUCGUCUAGCUGGAAUUGGCGGAGCAUCGGCUAUAUUUAUGGGAGCGUAUUGUAAAUAUUUUCUUAAGGAUAUCAAUGAUCCCAAGGAACAGUUGGAUUCACAAGCCUUUGCCGAUGUGGCCAAUCGUAUACAUUUUCUCCACUCAUUUGCAUUAAUGGCGAUGCCCUUGGCUCAUUAUCCAGUUUUUACUGGCGCCCUUAUGACCACCGGCACAUUACUUUUCAGUGGGUGUAUGUACUAUCGCGCUUUAACCGGUGAUAAGAGACUUCAACAUUAUGCCACAAUUGGUGGCUUCUGUCUAAUGGCUGCUUGGUUAUCCUUGGUUUUGUAAAUUUACACAUGUUCAUAUAUAUUUAUAAAUAUAUGUAUGUAUAUAUA